AUGAUUUCUGAACCGUUUUCACAUCCUCAAAUUCAAGAUGGUUGGUUUCGAGAAAAACCAUUGCUUUGGCCUGGUCAAGCAUUGGGCUUAGAAAUCAAAAAAGUUCUUCACCACGAAACGUCUAAGUAUCAAGAUGUUUUGAUAUUUGAAUCCACAACUUAUGGAAUUGUACUAGCAUUAGAUGGUGUCAUUCAAUGUACUGAACGUGAUGAAUUUUCAUAUCAAGAAAUGAUUACACAUCUUCCAAUGAAUUCUCAUCCCAAUCCUAAAAAGGUUCUUGUCAUUGGAGGUGGUGAUGGAGGAGUUCUACGUGAAGUUGUUAAACACGAAUCAGUUGAAGAAGUCAUCUUAUGUGAAAUUGAUGAAACCGUUAUAAAUUUAUCCAAAAAAUAUUUGCCUAAAAUGUCAAUUGGAUUCAACCAUCCCAAAGUCAAAGUUAAUAUUGGUGAUGGUUUUGAAUUUUUAAAAAGUAAAUCUAAUCAAUUUGAUGUUAUAAUUACUGAUUCAUCGGAUCCUGUUGGUCCAGCUGAACCUUUAUUCCAAGUUAAAUAUUUCGAACUUAUGAAAAAUGCAUUGCGUCCGGGUGGAAUCGUUACAACCCAAGGUGAAUGUCAAUGGUUACAUCUUCACUUAAUUGCCGAAGUUCAAGAAUACUGUCGUUCAUUAUUUCCAGUAGUAGAAUAUGCUUAUACUACAAUUCCUACUUAUCCAUCAGGACAAAUUGGUUUCAUUUUAUGUAGUACUAAUCCAUCUUAUAAUUUGAAAAAACCAUUAAGAAGAUGGACUGAGGAAGAAGAAGCAAAGUUGUUAAAAUAUUAUAAUGCUAAAAUUCAUGAAACUGCUUUCGUUUUACCACAAUUUACCAUAAAUGGGUUAAAAGAACUUGAACGAGAAGCAGCAGAAAAAAAAAAACAUUUUCUUAAUAAUGUCAUACAUAAAAUGUUUAAAGAGCUUAAAAAUGCAUCUCAUUCAAGUUCUGAAAGUGAAUCAAAAAUGAGUAAAAUUAAGGUCCAGAAUAUUGUACAACUUGAAAAAGCGCAUAUCAAACGAAAUGAUUAUUAUUAUGUAAGUUGUCAUAGAAAUGUACUAACUUCUAACUUCAUUCUUAGUCGCUUAUCUUUAUCACAUCAGUAA